CGGUUCCGGUAAAUAUCCAAGGGUAAGGGGACUUAAUUGAGAAUAACAGUGUUCCAAAUUCUGAUGGUACCAUCUUGUCAGAGCCUUGCCUUAUCAUCUCAAGUACUUUCAUCAUCAAUAAUUAUUAAUUUGGAGCCUUUAUCUUUUUGAUGGAGAUAAUGCAUUAAAUUUGUCCUCUCACACAUCUCAAGAUAGUGGGCCUACAGUAAAUAUGGUUGUUUGUUCUGAACAGAGCAAGACAGACUGUUAAACUGGCAAAAUAAUGAUUUCAAAAAUUGUAACAGUGGGUGUAAGGUUUGCAGCCAGGGUGCCAUGGAAAGCUGUAUAUGUUGUCUUUGCUAUGUUUGUGCUCUCACUGUACCUGAUGUUUACUGUUGUUAAUGAUCGCUACAUGCAUCAUAUGCCAUGGUAUGAACGGCCAGCACCGUGUAUAACCCCACAGCUCAUCAUGGAUAAGCUGAUCAAUCUUUCCUUUGCUGUGUCUGAUAUUCUGACAAAGCUGAAUGUAUCCCAUACAUUAUGUUAUGGUACUUUGUGGGGUGCACUAAGACAUGGAACAAUUUUACCAUGGGAUAACAAUGUUGAUUUUUGUGUUUUAAAGAAAGAAAUACAAGCAGUGCCUUGGGAGAAGCUGAAAGGACACUUUCUGGCAGAAAAUAUUAACUUCUAUUAUGAUUAUAGACAUGGAAUAUAUAUAAUAAACAAUGGCCCAGCUGAAGUAAUCAUAAAUGUUUUCUAUAUUACUCCAUUUGGUGAGGUCUUACAAGAUGGAUUUGAAAACCGAUUUCUGUGGUUCUUUCAAGAGCAACCUUUGUCUUUUCCCCUAAGACUCUUAGAGCCUCCAUUUAAGAAAAUACCAUUCCAUAAUCGCCAAAUGCCUGUACCUCAUGAAGACAUUGAGAUUCUUAAAUAUUUAUACAAGCAUGACUGGUGGUUGAUUAAGAGCCCGCCAGGAUGCUCACAAGGAAGUAAAUGAAUCCUCAAAAAAAAUUGUCACUCAGUAUUUUCACUAUUUUAAGUAUCUGGCAAAGGAAUACUUUCAGUGUUGAAGAAAACAAGGAUUAUCUAUCAUCUACUAGCAAGCAGAAAGUGUGUAAAAGAACCAAAACAUAUAUGAUUUUAAUGAAGGCCCAAUGAAACUAUUGCUUUGCAUGCAGUGUUACCAACUUUUUGUCUAAAUCAACCCCACAUGGAGUGUGGUCAUGUGCAAUAAAUGUUUGGGAAUGUAGAUCAUGUACCUUUAAGGAACCUGUUUUAAUGUUAUCUUCUGCUACACUUAUUGCACUUAUUUAAUGCCAAAUCAGUCAACACAAUGUCUUGGCAUUGGAACUAUAUGAUCAUAGGUAAAAAAAAUCCCACUGUUUAUUCCUUUACAAAACAUAAUGUAAAAAUAAAUAUGUUCCUAUCUAUCACACCGGUUGAACCUACUUGACGAUCUCCAUCAAUUUUACUGUGUCUUUAGACUACAAUUAGAUUUCCAUUACUUGUAUUAUCCCCUGAACAUCUUUUAUUAGUUCCCAUUUUGCUGUAUUGUAUUUCCUAUUAGAUGUGUAAACACACACCCACCCCUCCCCAUUGGCUGGCAUUAAACUGUGUAAAUUUAGCCUUGUAUGUCAUUUACACAUACCUGAGCGAUCACAUGGAGCAUGUCCAAAUCUACAAAAAAUUUCUGUGACAGUUUUUAUCAACACUAUUUAUAAAGAUGUGCACUCUUGCAAACCUUUUUUUUCACCCAGAAAUAUUUCUUUCAUUGUUAACUUAUAAACUAGUAUAUAAUAAUAUACUAUAGUUUAUAUAUUACGGAUAAGGAGCUAGGGAUUCUAAUAUAAUGCAAAGUAUGUGAAAAUGUGUAAAAAAAAGUUGUGAUCUCUGUGAGUCUUUACAAUUAAGUUAUAUCAAAAUUGUAACCUAAAUUGCUUUUACAAUAAUAUGCAAGUUUGUUUAAUACACAUAAAGACAAUGUGCAUUAUUUAAAGGUUUUAUGUAUAUAUUUCUUCAUUAGAUAAAAAGUGAUAUUUCAUUAGUAUGUUUUUUUAGUAUGAAUGUUAUUAUUAGCUUUAAAUAACUUUUUAAAAUUAUUGCUUAAACUUUUGUAAUGUUUCAAGCAUAUUUUUAAAUUGACAAUUUAGUUAUCCACACUCAUUUUUUUUUAAUAUUUUAUUUUCCUAGCUUAUACCUUUAACUUUAAACAAUAUUUUUGCUACACAAGCACUUGUAUGGGGGAAGGCUCCGGUAAAAA